AUGUCCCAGCCGUUUGCAGCUCAACUUUCAUCGGUCUACCAAAAUGCACCAACGAAUGGUGUUCAAGUUGUUGCUGCAAAAGCUGCUUCUCCAGUCGGUACUGCGCUAUCAUCAGGUACUGCUGGAUUCGGUGGAGGAGGAGCUAUGGAUCCGUAUCAGCAAGCUAUGCAGCACUAUACUCUAAAUGCCUUGGCAUCCCAUAUGAAUGCAAGCGCACAAGUCUCCGUGUCAGGAGCAGGUAGUGGUGAUGUGAAGGGACCCGAAGGAUCCAACCUCUUCAUAUAUCAUUUACCUCAGGAUUUCGGAGACUCGGAUUUACAAACAACCUUUUCACCUUUUGGCACUGUGUUGUCAGCGAAGGUUUUCAUCGAUAAAGCUUUUGUCUCGUAUGAUAAUGCAGUAUCUGCACAAAAUGCCAUUGCUGCGAUGAACGGGUUCCAAAUUGGAUCGAAGCGAUUGAAAGUGCAACUGAAGAAUGAAAGAAGUCAUCCCUAUCCGAAAGCAGCUGUAUAA